AUGGCUACAAUGACUGCGACCAACGUACGUGAUGUCGGUCCAAAAGAUGUACAAACACGUAAUAAUGCAUCAACAAGAAUAGAUUUAGCAAAUAUUGCCGAUGUUCCUUAUUAUGUUGAAAAACGAUAUGUUCGUGCAGUUGAUAAUGGUGAUGAAUUUCAAUAUGAAGAAGUACCUGUUGAAGAAUUUUAUGAUGAUGAUAAAGAAGAUACGCUCGAUGCACUUAUUCGUAAUGUAAAAGAUCAGCAACGUGAAUCACAAGUUAUAACAACAUCAACUUCUGCUGCAGCUCCUCGUGGUACAUUAACUACUCAACCAGAAGCUGUUGAUGACUUCGUUCGUAAUUUUCUUGUUCGUAUGGGUAUGAAAAAAACAAUGCAACAAUUUCAAAUAGAAUGGCAUAACUUAUCAUCUUCGGGACGUAUUAAAACAAAUGAAUGUGGUUAUUUACCAGAUGUAGUUAAACAUAAUGAAGAAUUAAGUGAAAAAAUGAAAUUACUUGAAUCAGAAGUUGAUCGAUAUCGAAAAUCAGCCGAAAAAGCUCGAGAAGAAUUUGUUAAAAUGAAAAAAGAACGUGAUUAUCAUCGACAACAUCAUAAUCGUAUUGCUCAAGAAAAAAAUAAUCUUGUUACAUUUGUUAAACGAUUAAAAUCUCAUCUAUCAACAUUUGAACCACAACUAGAUGAAUUAAAAUCUAAAUAUGAUGGAGCAAUGCGUGAAAAAAUGGUUUAUAAAUUAGAAAAAGAAAAAUUACAAAAUGAAUUAAAUGCAUUAAAAUUGGGUACUUCGACUGCAUUACAAAAUACUACAGAAGGAGAACUAGGACCAACACAAACUAAACUUCGAGAAUUAAGACAUAAAGAAGAAAAGAAAAAACAAGCAGUAACAACUGAACAACAACGAUUAAGUGGUUCAACUGAAUUAACAAAUGAAUCACAUCCACGAGAUUCUGAAUUUCCUGUUGAUACAGGAAAUAAUCCAUAUUUAAAUCGAUUUGCUGAAGAUGCUUUUCAUCGAUCAACAUUAACAUUAGCAAAAGAAAUUGAAGCACAUGAAGGUCCUAUAAGUUGUGCCGCUAUUCAUCCUCGUAAACAUGUUGCUGUAACAGUAAGUGAUGAUCGAUCAUGGAAAAUGUGGGCUAUUCCCGAAGGUGAUAUGAUUAUGAAAGGUGAAGGUCAUUCAGAUUGGGUAUCUGGUAUUGAUUUUCAUCCAAGUGGAAAUAAAAUGGCAACAUGUUCUGGUGAUACAUCAAUUAAAAUUUGGGAUUUUUCACAAAAAAAAUGUAUUCAUACAUUUACAAAUCAUCUUUUACCAGUUUGGUCUGUUCAUUUUCAUUCAUGUGGAGAUUUUAUUGCUUCGGCUUCUCAAGAUAAAACUGUUCGUUUAUGGGAUUUAAAUAGUCUUCGUUGUCGAACAGUUAUGCGUGGACAUCAAGAUUCAGUUCAUUCAGCUGAAUUAUUAAUGUUUUCUAAUAUAAUUCUAUCUAGCUCAGUUGAUAAAAGUCUUAUGUUAUGGGAUGCUCGAACGGGUUUAGCAGAGCAUACAUUUGUUGGUCAUGUUAAUCCAUGUAAUCAAGCAACAUUUAAUUUACGAGGUGACACAAUUGCAUCUUGUGAUUCAAAAGGAAUUGUUAAAUUAUGGGAUGUACGAACAAUAAAAAGUAUGGUUACACUUGAUCUUGGACCUUAUUCAGCGAAUAGUGUUUCAUUUCAUCCAGCUGGCCAACUGUUAACAGCAGCUUCUAGUGAUCGAACAAUUAAACUUUAUAAUAUAGGCACUGAACAGUUAAUACCAUUAAGUAGUCAUCAUGAUGAAGUUCAAUAUGUUAAAUUCGACCUGAAAGGACAAUAUAUGGUUUCAACUGGUCGUGAUCGAACCCUACGUGUUUGGUCUUCGUAUCUCAUUAUCGUACCUAAAUUGCUCAAAGUUGGCUAUGACAAUCAACUUUCAAUUUUCAUUGCGGCUGCUUCGGAACCAGUAGAAGUUAAAUUUAAUUUAACCUUAGGUCAAAAAUAUAUUCAAAGCACAAUCACAGUAAAAUCAGGUGAAACACGCAAUGCUACAUUGACUCUACCUUUUGAGUUUCCUACUGGUGUUGGUGAAUUGACUAUUGUUGGAAGUGGUGGUAUUCGUUUUAAAGAUAAACGAGAUAUCAUUGUUUAUGACAAUCGUUAUGUUGUUCUGGUUCAAACAUCGGCAUCUACCUAUCAUCCAGGUGAUAUCAUGGAAAUUCGUGUUGUUGCAACAAAUGAAGAACUCAUGCCAAUAGAAAAUGGUGAAGUUCUUAUUGAAGUUUAUGAUGCUAAUUUUAAACGUGUUGGUGAAUUUGCAACCAUUCCCAUUCAUUCGGGUAUUACCGAAACUUUUAAAUUUUCAAUUGGCACACAAUGUAAUACUGGUACAUGGCUUGUUUCAGCUACUAUUGGCAAUACAACAUCAUCUGUUGAAGUACUUGUUGCUCGACCAGUUACACCAUCAUUUGAUGUUAAAGCUAUAUUUCAACGAUUUCUUCUUCGUACAGAUAAAACUCUUCGUGGUAUUAUUGAAAUGCAUAGUGAUAAUAAUAUGCCAAUUUUUGGUCGUGUUAUAAUGGCUGUUGGUCAAAUUACUGAACAAGACAUGAAAAUGAUGAACGGACAACAAAAUUUAUUUCCACAACAAGGACAACAAAUUUUAUUUCCACAACAAGGACAACAAAAUUUAUUUCCACAACAAGGACAAACAACUGAAGAAUGGAGAACAUGGAAAUCACGACAAUUUGAAAUAGCUGGUCGUGUUGAAAUCAAUUAUGAUCUUUUAUCAUUAUUUAAUAUUGAUGUUACUAAAGCUGUUGCUAUUAGAGUUUAUAUUCAAGUCGCUAAUCUUGUUUCUGAUCAAGAACGUAUAAUUGAACAUGUUAUUCCUGUAUUUAUACAUAAUGUUAUUUAUGAUAUUCAUCCACUUCAUUUUGAAACUGGUAUGAAAAAUGAAUUUAAAAUUAUUGCCAAACGUCCUGAUGGUAAACCAGCUAAAAUGGAAAACUUAAUUGUUACUGUUUCAAUGAUGAUGAGUAAUGAACAAGGAAAAGUACAAGAAGAAAAAUCAGUUGACAUUAAAGAUUUUUAUACACGUGGUCGUAAUGAUAUUGGUUUAUUCAAUAUAGAACUUCCAGAUAAUUGUAUUGGUGUUCUUAUGACAAUAACACCAUUAAGUGAAGAUGGUAAUAAACGUGGUUAUCGUACUCAUGCUGUUCCACUUAUGCCAACACCUCGACGUGGUACUAGUGGUGCUAAAUUAUCAAUUGAAUUAUUACCAACAACUACAAGCAAAGUUCAAAUUGAUGCUAAUGUUCCAGUUGUUAGUUCACAAAUUUCAACUGUUGGUCAUACAUCAAAAUUUUAUAUUCAAUUGACUCCAUCGAAAGCAGUUAAAAAAUUUGAACCAUUACCAAUGUCAUAUGUACUUUUAACAAAUGGUCGUAUUACACAUACUGGUGAAUUUAUUAUUCAACCAACAAAUGAAUGUCAAUCAAGAAGUCAACGUUCUAUUAUAUCAGAAGAACAAGUACGAUCAACUUGUGUAUUUAAUGGUACUUUAUCAAUUGAAAUUACACGUGAUAUGAUGCCAUAUUCAUCAUUACUUGUAUAUACAUUUCAACCAUCAUUUGGCUUCAAUGUUGCUGAAUCAUAUCGAUUUUCAGUUGCUGGACUUUUUCAAAAUACAUUACAAUUAAAAGCAGGCAUUGUUCCAUUUAUAUCAACUAAUACAAUGAUUACAGAUGAAGAUAAUGGUUCUACUAAAGAUCUUGAUUCAUUAGAACAUGUUGUUUUCGAACCAGUAUCAAUUUCAAAUCGAGCUCAAGGUAAAUCACGUAUUGAACUAUCACUUAGUGGUCCCCCAAAUUCAAUCGUCGGUGUUAAUGUUAUUGAAUAUGAUAGUGUUAUACAAGGUUUACCAAAUGAAAUUACUAAAGAACGUUUACUUCAAUAUUUAACAACUUAUGAGCAAGUACCUAUUGUUGGUAUGCCAACGAUUCGAACACUAGCAGAUGAACAAAUUGAUUCUCAUACACACGAAGUUGAUACAACAGAUGGAAAUGAAGUUCAAUAUUUAGCAACAACAAUGAGACGGGAUGAUAAAGAACAUCAAACACAAGACAUGGAGAGUACAACAUCAUCUUAUAAUAUGAAUGAUGAAGUAACAGACGAGAUGGAUUUAGAAAGUCAAACUAUGCAUUUACUUGAAGGUUUCGAUUCUGAAAUGUUAAUAAAAAAACCAAGUAAAACAUUAAAUAAAAGAGCUAUUAUUAGCGAAGAAGAAGAAGAAAACAAUAUUCAUCGUGAACGUUUAGGAUUUAAAAUUCGUUAUCCAAUUGAAAAGUUAAUAUUUGGUAGUAGUUCAUCUCGUAGUUUAAGACCAAUUGAUGGUGAUGAUGUUUAUACAACAACAAAUAUGGAACGAUUAUAUGGUGACAUAAAUAGUCGAAGAUUACACUCACAUUAUCAUCGUCGAACAGUGAAAUCAUUAAAUCAAUAUGAUACUAUGGUUAAUGAUAAUGAUUAUGUUGUUACAGCAAGUAUUCCAUUGGUAACGAACUCUAAUGUUGAAGUGAAUCAACAAAAUGAACCAGAAGAACCAGAUGUUCAAAGUCUAAGAUAUGGUACACCAUCAUGGUAUGAAAAAAUUAAUUUAAAAUUAUCAUUAAUUUCACAAGAAGCAUUAAUAUUUAUGCAAUCAGCAUUAAUAAUUGUUUCUGAUUUUUCAUCAUUAUAUAUUCCACCUGAUAUAUCACGAUCAAAUUUAACUAAAUUAUUUUCAAAAUAUCGUGAACAAUUAAUAAUCAGUAGUGAUUCUGAACCAUUUGAUAUUCGUGAUGAAGCUCGUCAAUUACUUGAAGAAUAUUUUGUAGAAUCUGAUUUAUCGAUGAUUCCACCACAAAUUACACUUGAAGAACAAGCUCGUAUUGGUUACUAUCGUUCAAUCUUUUUUCAUACAACUCGUAUUGAAUCUCAAGGUACUGGAAAAGUUCUUCUUCCACGAAGUAAACCAUAUGCAACAUGGCUUGCUACGGGAUUUGCACUUAACUCCAAAACAGGUUUAUCUGUUGCUCAACCAAUUCGUCUUCCAACAAAUUAUGGUCUUUUCAUUUUUGGUAAUUUUCCUGAUCAAGUUCAAACUGAUGAACAAGCACUCUUAACAUAUGGUAUUAAUAAUUAUCUUGAUAAAGAUUUAACUAACGUUGUUGUACGUAUUCGAACUUCAACUGAUUUUCAUAUUAUUGAACAAGAUGAAGAAGAAAAUGUUAGAUCAAGCACUGGUCAAGAUUAUACAAUUACAUUUCCAUCUAUUAAAUCAUUAGGUGUUGAAACACAUGAUAUUAUUUUGAUACCAAAAUAUGCUGGUGUUGUUAAGAUUAUACUUGAAGUUGAAUCGGAAUUCGGUGGUGAUUAUGAAAUUUUAACAACUUAUGUACGUGAAUCAGAUAUUGAACGUAAACAAAUUACAACACAUUUAUAUGAUUUAACAAAUGAAAACAAAACCUAUGGUCCAAUUGUUGAAAAUGUCACUACAUCAACAUUUCUUCGAUCAGUUCAAAUUGCUGUUUCAGGUACUGGUCUUGAUCAUCUUGUUAAACAAAACACAAUGGAAAUAAAUUCAUUAAUUGGUAUUGAUCGUGCAAUUGUUCAUCUAUGGCGUUUACUCGGUCUUUAUCGUUAUUUUCAUGAAACAUCACAAAUGGAAUCAACACUUUUAGAUGCAACAAUGAGAAGUAUUACAAUAGCUUAUCAAAAUCUUCAAUUUUAUAAUAAUUAUAAUGGUUCAUAUUCAUUUAUUUCUAAUCAAGAUGAACAAAAAUCAUCACUUUAUUUAACAUCAUUAGCUUUUGGUGCUUUAAUUUCACCAUUUAUAACUGUUCAUGAUAAUGUUGCAAUUAAUCGUACUUUAACAUGGAUUUUAUCUCAUCAACAAAAUGAUGGUUCAUUUGAUGAUCAAGGUUCAUGUUUUCAUUAUCGAAUUUGUUCAGGUAAAUUUCAUCGUGAAUCAUUAACAGCUAUUGUUUUAUAUACAAUGACAUAUAAUAAUGUAUCACAAUAUGGACCUGAAUUUGUUCAUCGUCGAUUAUAUAACGGUGAACAAAGUCCAAUAGUACGUGCUCAACAUUUUUUAGAAUCACGUCUUGAUGCUGUUAAAUCAUGUUUAUUAACGACAACAUUAAUUGAAUUAGCUCUUGUUCAAUGUCAAUCAUUAUCGAAACAAUUCAAAGAAAAAAUUUAUGAAAAUGUUCGUAACCGUCAAUUAACUGUUUUACCUGAAGAUGGUUCAAAAUUUUUAAAAACUGUUAAUGAAAAUAUAACAUUUGAUGAUCAAUUAUUAAUUAAUGCAUUAACACUUUCAAUUUAUGCUAAUUAUAAUGAUUGGAAAACAACACUUGACAUUGCUCGUUGGAUGGUUGAACAAAUAGAAAUUCAUCCAUGUUGUAGCACAGUUUUAGAUGAUAUUUUUUAUAUUGAAGCUUGGCUUAAAACUGCUUAUCUUUUUCAUCAAUAUGUAGGAUCAGAAAAUUUCUCAGUUCUAAUUAAUGUUACAGCUGAUAAUGGACAACACAAAGAAUUUAAUAUUAAUUCAUCUAAUAUGGAUAUUACACAAAAACUUAGUUUUAGUCUACCAGUUAAUCAAAUUACUUAUACAGUUAGUGGUUUUGGUAUUGCUAGUGUUAACAUUGAACAAAUAUAUAUGGAAAAAGAACAACAAACAGUUCAACCAGUUUCAUUUCAAUUAACUAAUGAAUAUUUACCAUUAUCAUUGUUAAAUGAAAUUACAGCUCGAACAUGUCUAAUUUAUACACCAACAUCUAAUGAUCAAAAAUUAGCUAAAGAUAUUUCUAAUCGUACUAUUAUUGUUGAAAUUCAAAUUCCAUCAGGUGUACGUGUAAAUCUUCGUCAAAUAGGAUUCUUCUUAAGUCGAGUUCCAGAAGCUAUGUAUUUUACAUUUAAUGAACGUACUAAUAAAAUAAAUUUCUUCUUUAAUAUUCCAUCAGCUGUAUAUGGUAAACAAAUUUGUUUUAAUUGGCGUCUUGAACGUUUAUCUAUUAUUGUAUCAUGGACUCCAAUUCAAAUACGUGCUUAUGAUUAUCUUCAACCAGAAUCACAAUUAAUUCGUCUUUUUCCAGUAGAAAUUGAAUCAAGUUUUUUUGGAUAUUCAUCAUGGAAAAUUUUCAUGAAGCUCCAUCAAAACUUGAACAAUUAA